AUGGCGUCCGCCGCGGAUCGAUUGAACAUCACGUCUCAGCUCGAGCACUUGCAGUCUCGACACGUCGGCACGGGCCAUCCCGACGCCACGCGACACGAAUGGGCGGUGAACAUUCAUCGCGAUUCCUACGCGUCGUACGUCAGUCAUCACCCGAUGGCGAUGUACUUCGCCGUCGCCAACGGCGAGAGCGUGGGACGGAUGAAGUACGAGUUCACGCAGAAGAUGUUGCUUCCGUGUGGGCUGCCGCCGGAUCUCGAGGAGGAGUGA